CUCACCGGAGGACAGCCGGGACCCUCACUCACCGGAAGACCCUCACUCACCGGAGGACCCUCACUCACCGGAGGACAGCCGGGACCCUCACUCACCGGAGGACCCUCACUCACCGGAGGACAGCCGGGACCCUCACUCACCGGAAGACCCUCACUCACCGGAGGACAGCCGGCACCCUCACAAGAUGUCCCUGCUGUGUGUGGGAGUGAAGAAAGCCAAGCUGGACGGAGCGCAAGAAAAGUUCAACACUUACGUGACGCUGAAGGUCCAGAAUGUGAAGAGCACAACCAUUGCUGUCAGGGGCAACCUGCCCAGCUGGGAGCAAGACUUCAUGUUUGAAAUCAACCGCUUAGACUUGGGUCUGACGGUAGAAGUGUGGAACAAAGGCUUGAUCUGGGAUACUAUGGUGGGCACAGUGUGGAUUCCCCUCCACAGCAUCAGACAGUCAAAUGAGGAAGGACCAGGCCAAUGGCUCACACUGGACUCUCAGGUCAUCAUGGCUGAUAAUGAGAUCUGCGGUACCAAAGAUCCUACGCUCCACCUGGUGCUGCUCGACACACGCUUUGAGCUUCCUCUUGACAUCCCAGAGGAUGAGGCCAGAUACUGGGCCAAAAAAUUGGAGCAACUUAAUGCCAUGAGGGACCAAGAUUACUCCUACCAGGAGGAGCAGGAACGUCCACUUCGCCUUCCAGCCACUCAAUGCUGUAAUUGGAGUUUAUGGGGAGAGCAACAAAAUGAGGACCCAGACAGUGCUGUGGAUGACAGAGACAGCGACUAUCGCAGUGAAACCAGUAACAGCAUCCCUCCUCCAUACUACAGCACAUCACAGCCCAAUGCCUCCGUCCACCAGUAUCCCAUCAGCCACCAGCACCGCAACUCCAGGAGCGUCUCUUACCCACGCUCCGCCGACAGCCAUGACCUUGACUACAACCAUCAGCGGACUGUCAGCCCCACAGGAAGCUAUGCAUCAUCUGCAGAGUUGAGUCGAUGCAGCAGUCAGCUGAGUGAGGAAGACUACAACGGAGAGUAUGCAGAGAGGGACCCUUAUGACGAGAAUGACUCGUACCACUCCUGCCACUCUUCGGUCUGCUACAGCAAAGAAUCCCCAGACUGGGACCUUGAUGAGACCCAGGCGGCGUACAGUGAUGAAGGUGGCUACAGCAAAGAUGGCGGGGAGGAGGCCGCUCUGUAUGAAGAAGAAGACGGAGGACUGUACGAGGUAGAAGAGGAGGGCCUUUAUGAGGAUGAAGACUUGAUAUAUGAGGAUGAAGAUUUGUACAAUUUGGAUGGAAACCUCAGUGAGGAUAUAGAGCCUCCAUUCACCCCCACUCCAACAUCUACUGCCCCAGCAACUCUUGAAGUACCAAACUCCAGACCUCCUCUGGAGAAACAACCAUCGUUACACCAAGCGCAGCCUUCAAGUCCCAGUGCUGCUCCUGGUGGUGUUGGUGGUGGUCCAACAGCACAGCCCCCUUCUGCUCAGCCAAGUUCUCCAGCACCUAAACAGCCCCAAACACAAGCGCAGCAAGCGCCAUCUGCCACUUCAUUUUUCUCAAUGGCCAAACCUCUAACAGCUGCAGUAACAGGUUUGGCCUCCACGUUCCUGUCCUCUGUUCCCACCGCCCAGCAGUCUCAUCCCCCAACUUCAGCUGCUGUUGAACAACAGCAGUCCACCAAUCUACCACCUUCCCACCCUGCCACAAGUCAACCUCCCGCCACUGCCAUGGCUCCUUCUUCCCAGCACACUUCUUCUCUUCCUAAUGGUCCUGCCACUGCACAGUCAGCCACACCUGUGGACCAGGGUCUCCAAAUGGAAGAAAAGCCUUGGUUGGAGGAGGAGGAGACUAUGCAGGAGGACCCUCUGGUGUCCCCUGUGCCCCCGGAAGAGAAUUUAAGCAUGGAUGAGAAGGAGUAUGUUGAAACAAGCAGACCACCAACCCCAGAGGAAAAAGAGAUUCCACCUGAGAGUCCUCCACUUGUGGAGGAGCCUAAAGAACCGGUGGAUCCCGCAGUUCGUGCCAAAGAGAACUGGCUAAGACUCUACAACAAAGUCUUAGAUCAGCUUCGAGAGGCGCGAGGAGAAACCUCCAGCUCGCUGUGGUUCGGUAAAGGAGGCAUGGGAGGUGCACUCUACAGUAUUGACAGCAUGCCAGACCUGCGCAAGAGAAAAGCCAUUCCUCUUGUCAGGGAUCUGGCAAUGUCUCUGGUACAAAACUCUCGGAAGGCUGGCAUCACCUCUGCCAUGGCAUCAACCACUCUUGGGAAUGAAGAAUUGAAGAGUCAUGUUUAUAAGAAAACUCUGCAAGCUCUUAUCUACCCAAUCUCCUCCACUACUCCGCACAAUUUUGAAGUGUGGACGGCCACCACACCCACCUACUGCUAUGAAUGUGAAGGCUUGCUGUGGGGCAUCGCUCGACAAGGCAUGCGCUGCUCAGAGUGUGGCGUCAAGUGUCACGAUAAGUGCCAGGAUCUGUUAAAUGCCGACUGUCUACAAAGGGCUGCGGAGAAAAGUUCCAAGCACGGAGCGGAAGAUCGAACCCAGAACAUCAUCAUGGUCCUGAAGGACCGCAUGAAGAUCCGAGAGAGAAACAAGCCUGAGAUCUUUGAGCAAAUCCAGGAAGUGUUUGCCCUUGACAAAUCCACACAUGCCACCCACAUGAAACAGAUCAAGCAGAGCGUCCUUGACGGCACCUCCAAGUGGUCUGCAAAGAUCAGCAUCACCGUGGCGUGUGCCCAGGGACUUCAGGCUAAAGACAAAACUGGUUCCAGUGAUCCAUAUGUCACGGUCCAAGUGGGAAAGACUAAGAAAAGAACCAAAACCAUAUAUGGCAACCUCAACCCAGUCUGGGAAGAGAACUUUCACUUCGAAUGCCACAACUCAUCUGACCGCAUCAAGGUGCGAGUGUGGGAUGAGGACGACGACAUCAAGUCUCGCGUGAAGCAGAGGUUCAAACGUGAGAGUGACGACUUCCUUGGCCAGACCAUCAUUGAAGUGCGUACGCUGAGUGGGGAGAUGGAUGUUUGGUACAACCUGGACAAGAGGACAGAUAAGUCUGCUGUGUCUGGAGCCAUUCGCAUGCACAUCAGCGUGGAGAUUAAAGGAGAGGAGACCGUGGCUCCUUAUCAUGUCCAGUACACUUGUCUUCAUGAGCAUCUCUUCCAAUACACCACUGAAGAGCAGAAUGGUGGUGUGGUGAAGAUCCCUGACGCCAAAGGAGACGAUGCCUGGAAGGUGUACUUUGAGGAGACGGCUCAGGAGAUUGUGGAUGAGUUCGCCAUGCGUUAUGGAGUGGAGUCCAUCUACCAGGCCAUGACCCACUUCGCCUGCCUGUCAUCCAAGUACAUGUGUCCUGGUGUGCCCGCUGUGAUGAGCACCUUGCUGGCCAACAUCAACGCCUACUACGCUCACACCACCCAGGCAUCCAAUAAUGUCUCUGCCUCCGACAGAUUUGCUGCUUCAAACUUUGGCAAGGAGAGGUUUGUCAAGUUGCUGGAUCAGCUGCACAACUCCCUGAGGAUUGACCUCUCCAUGUACCGGAAUAAUUUCCCCGCCAGCAGUCCAGAAAGACUCCAAGACCUCAAGUCUACUGUGGACCUGCUGACGAGCAUCACAUUCUUCAGGAUGAAGGUCCAGGAACUGCAAAGUCCCCCGAGGGCGAGCCAGGUUGUGAAGGACUGCGUCAAAGCCUGUCUCAAUUCCACCUACGAGUACAUUUUCAACAACUGUCACGACCUCUACAAUAGAGAAUAUCAGACAGAUCCCUCAAAGGCGGUGCCUCCAGAUGAGCAGGGUCCAAGCGUGAAAAACCUGGACUUCUGGUCCAAACUCAUCACGCUGAUUGUGUCCAUUAUAGAAGAAGAUAAAAACUCUUACACUCCUUGCCUUAAUCAGUUUCCACAGGAACUGAAUGUGGGCAAGAUCAGUGCUGAGGUUAUGUGGAAUAUGUUUGCUCAAGACAUGAAGUACGCCAUGGAAGAGCACGAGAAGCAUCGGCUUUGUAAAAGUGCAGAUUAUAUGAACUUGCACUUCAAGGUGAAGUGGCUUUAUAACGAGUACUGCAAGGAACUGCCCACGUUCCAGAAACAUGUUCCUGAAUAUCCAGCAUGGUUCGAGCCAUUUGUCAUUAUGUGGCUGGAUGAAAACGAGGAAGUGUCAAGGGAUUUUCUACAUGGCGCACUGGAAAGGGACAAAAAGGAUGGGUUCCAGGUCACCUCCGAGCAUGCUUUGUUCUCCUGCUCUGUUGUGGACGUCUUCUCUCAGCUCAAUCAGAGCUUCGAAAUCAUCCGCAAGCUGGAGUGUCCCGACCCUCAGAUUGUUGGCAACUACAUGAAGAGAUUCGCCAAGACCAUUGGCAAUGUCUUGUUGUCUUAUGCUGACAUCAUAGCCAAGGAGUUUCCAAACCAUGUGAAGAAGGAGAAAGUGCCAUGCAUCAUUAUCAAUAACAUCCAGCAGCUCCGAGUUCAGCUGGAGAAGAUGUUUGAGGCAAUGGGAGGCAAAGAUCUCAAUCUGGAAGCCAGUGACUUCCUGAAGGAGCUCCAGAACAAACUCAACAGCGUGAUGGACGACCUCAGCCGCAUCUUUGCCGUCAGCUUCCAACCCCAAAUCGAGGACAACGUCAGACAGAUGGGGGAUAUCCUGGCGCAGGUCAAAGGUCAGACUGUACCGGCCAAUGGCAGCGUGGUCCAGGAAGCAGACAACGUUCUGCAGCCCAUCAUGGAUUUCCUGGACAGCAAUCUGUCGCUCUUUGCAAAAAUUUGUGAGAAGACGGUUUUGAAGAGAGUUCUGAAGGAGCUGUGGAAACUGGUGAUGAACACCAUGGAGAAAACCAUUGUGCUUCCCACGCUUACGGACCAGACGGGCACGCAGAUGAUCUUCAAUGCUGCCAAGGAACUAGGCCAAUUGUCCAAGCUGAAGGAGCACAUGGGCCGAGAGGAGGCCAAGGCGCUGACUCCCAAACAGUGUGCGGUCAUAGAGCUGGCUCUGGACACCAUUAAGCAAUACUUCCACGCGGGCGGCGUGGGCCUAAAGAAAACCUUCUUGGAGAAGAGUCCCGACCUCGCUUCUCUGCGAUAUGCCUUGUCCCUCUACACACAGGCCACGGACAAACUCAUCAGAAAGUUUGUUCUCUCACAAAGCGCUCAGGUCCAUGGAGGCAAGGGGGUCCGCUACACACCAAAUGAAGACACACCACCGGAGAAACCCUCAGGAGUGGAUGGUGUGGGAGAGGUGGUCAUGCACGUGGAUGUUCUACCUCAACCUAACGGCGAGUACAAGAUCAGCAUCAAAGUGGUGGCUGCUAACGACCUGAAGUGGAGGGCGCAGGGCUUCCGGCCCUUCGUGGAAGUCUACAUCAUCGGACCUCACCUCAGUGACAAGAAGAGGAAGUUUUCAACCAAAUCCAAGAAUAACAGCUGGUCUCCCAAAUUCAAUGAAAGCUACCAGUACUGCCUGGGCACGGAGGUGGGUCCCGAGAGCUACGAGCUGCAGGUGUGCGUGAAGGACUACUGCUUCGCCAGGGAGGACCGCACGGUGGGCGUGGCCGUGCUGCAGGUGAAGGACAUGGCCAGCAGGGGCAGCGUGACCUGCUGGCUGCCGCUGGGCCGCCGCGUGCACAUGGACGAGACGGGCCUGACGGUGCUGCGCAUCCUGUCGCAGCGCAACAACGACGACGUGGCCAAGGAGUUUGUCAAGCUGAAGUCGGACCAGCGCUCGGCCGAGGAGGGUCGCAGCUGAGGGGCGACCUCACAAGCACACGGAGGAGGAGGAGGUUUGGACUAAAGCCCCUCAGCUUCAGGUUAGCCACGGCUCACCUCUUUUCUACACGCUUCCACGCCACAACAAGGAUGACCACUUUGCACUUUGACCUCCCUGCGCCAUCAGGAGAGCAUCAGCUUCAUCCUGUCCUGCAUGUUGACCCCGCCUCCUACCAACACUGUGAUUCACUUGCUGUAACCAUGGCAACCACUCCCCAAAUGGCUGCCUGCCAUCUUUGCCCAGCAUGAUGCACUAUUUAGUGUGUCAGGAGCACACACACACACACACACACACACACACACACACACACUCUAGUGCACAUCUACUUGGAAAAAGGGCUACGAGACCCCCGCUAUACAUCAAGUCAAGUUGUGAGCAAUACGUCCGCACGCGCUGUCAAUCAAACUCCACAAGCGCAAUAUAGAAGAAUGGUGUUCAGUGUUGUUUGUCAGCUUUGUGUUUGUCAAAGACUCUUUGCCUUGACCAGGACCAACAUUUGCACCAAUCUUCCUUUCAAAUGCUUAUUUGAAAGAAGAGAAGCCAUCGUCGUGCAAAAAGACAUUUUGUUGGCGCAGUCUUCAUCUAAUGUGCCAUCUUCACAACGUCCAGCAGAGGGCGCGCCACCUGCUUUGUGUCACGUGAUCAAACACAGCAAUCUAUGCUCAAGCACAAAGGGACAUGCCAGAUGAGGCGCAUGCGCACGCAGACAUCUCCUCUGUCGAUAGAAAACACAAAUGCAUGAUGGGAAAUAGAAUGUGCCAGCACGUGUCUCUUUUUGAUAUUCCUUCUUUUUGUUAUCUUUAUUAUUAUUUGCUGUCUUGUUCUUUCAUUUUGUCAACUUGUAACCAACACGAAUGUAGUUUGAUCACACAAUUCGCAUGAGAGGAUUCUUUUCUACCGAGGAUGUUUCUAAUUUGAUGGAUUGUUCUUUAAAAGGAGGAAGUGGAGCUGC